AUGUGGCCAAGCUUAAGAGUCUGGUUCGGAAACAUUUCAAAAAGAUUAAGGUCAAUAAUCCGUGGAAGGCUAAGUGCAACUAUUGUGGAAAACUAUCAGGAGGGGAUUCUAGUAAUGACACCUCUCAUUUGA